AGCGCGAGGCGCAGUCCAGGUGCGAGUCCGCGCGUGUGGGGGAGGGGAGGGGAGGGAGCGUGGUCAUGGCGCUGCGCCAUUGCAACCGUUAGAGUGACUGUCGACCCUCGCCGCGUAGCCGCCUGUGGCCAUGGAGACCCAUUCUAUCCACUGGUUCCGUAAGGGACUCCGGCUUCAUGAUAACCCGGCGCUCAUGGAAGCCCUGCGGGGCGCUAGCACCGUCCGUUGUGUGUACAUCCUCGACCCUUGGUUCGCCGGUUCGUCCAACGUUGGCGUGAACCGCUGGAGGUUCUUGCUUCAGUGCUUAGAAGAUCUAGAUACUAGUCUUGCGGAGCUAAACUCCCGGCUGUUUGUAAUUCGUGGACAACCUGCUGAUGUCUUUCCCAGGCUUUUUAAGGAAUGGAAUAUUAACCGUUUGACAUUCGAAUAUGAUUCUGAGCCAUUUGGUAAAGAACGCGAUGCAGCCAUCAAGAAGCUGGCUAGUGAAGCUGGUGUUGAGGUCAUUGUCAAGAUUUCACACACAUUGUAUGACCUAGAUAAAAUAAUUGAGUUGAAUGGAGGACAACCCCCACUAACAUAUAAACGAUUCCAGACUCUAAUCAGCCAGAUGGACCCUCCAGAGCCACCAGUGGAAACUAUUAGUGAGAGAAGUCUUGGAAAGUCCACAAUAUUGGUAUUGGAUGAUCAUAAUGAGAAAUAUGGUGUUCCAUCCUUGGAAGAGCUUGGUUUUGAUACCGAAGGUCUGCCUUCUGCUGUGUGGCCAGGUGGGGAAACAGAGGCUUUAACUCGGCUGGAAAGACAUUUGGAAAGAAAGGCAUGGGUAGCAAACUUUGAAAGGCCCAGAAUGAAUGCCUUAUCACUAAUGGCAAGUCCCACAGGUCUCAGUCCAUACCUUCGAUUUGGCUGCCUGUCCUGUCGACUCUUCUACUUCAAGCUAACAGAAUUAUAUAAAAAUAUAAAGAAAACAGAUUCACCACCACUGUCUCUCUAUGGCCAGCUUCUGUGGCGUGAGUUUUUCUACACAGCAGCAACAAAUAACCCAUGCUUUGACAAAAUGGAGGGAAAUCCAAUUUGUGUGCGCAUACCUUGGGACAAGAAUCCUGUUUCACUAGCUAAGUGGGCAGAGGGGAAAACUGGCUAUCCAUGGAUUGACGCUAUUAUGACUCAGCUGCGUCAGGAAGGUUGGAUCCACCAUCUAGCCCGACAUGCUGUAGCAUGUUUCCUAACACGUGGAGACCUCUGGAUCAGUUGGGAAGAAGGAAUGAAGGUGUUUGAAGAGCUGCUUUUGGAUGCUGACUGGAGUGUAAAUGCUGGCAGUUGGAUGUGGCUAUCAUGCAGCUCCUUCUUUCAGCAGUUCUUUCACUGUUAUUGUCCUGUCGGCUUUGGUCGCAGAACAGAUCUCAAUGGUGACUAUGUCAGACGUUACUUGCCAAUUCUUAAAGGAUUUCCUGCAAAGUAUAUCUAUGAUCCAUGGAAUGCUCCUAACUCGGUUCAAGUUGCAGCAAAAUGCAUCAUUGGCAUCCACUAUCCAAAGCCCAUGGUGAUACAUGCAGAGGCCAGUCGCCUUAACAUCGAGAGAAUGAAGCAGAUCUAUCAGCAACUAUCACGCUACAGGGGACUUGGUCUUCUCGCCUCAGUGCCUUCAAACCAAAAUGGAAGCGGAGGAACUGUGUACUGUCUGGGAGAUCAAAUAACUGAGAAUAAUGGCAUUGUUCAAACCCACACCAGUGGAGGAAUGGUUGGUAAACGCGAAUUGGAAUGUGAUACAGCUGUCGGUGAUGACAUGGAAUCUUUAGCGCAAAAAGUCCGGCGACAGUGUGAUGAUAACAAUGAAGAUGAACAGAACCUGAACCUUGUGUCUUACUGAAACAAACUGACUAUUAAUUAUCGAUCUGUCCCCAAAAAGGACCAAGUCGGAGUUUUCAAAUAAUCCAAUUAUUUGUACUGAUUUUUAAAUAUCUGCUGUUAUUGUAAUUUGCAAUAAUGUAAAAAUUCAACGUAUAACUCAAGAACUGAAUCUUUUAAGGUACCUUUUUAAGAAUUUUUGUAACUCUCACAGUAUCUCUCAUGUUGAAUUAUGUCCUAUUUCUGCUUCAGAGGUCUCCUAGUAGUUUUUCAUAUCCACUUCAACACCAUUUAAAUUAAUAUAACUAACCUUUUGCAUAAAUCUUGAGUAGCCUUGCACAACUGUUAGCAAUGGAGAAGUUGCUCAUGAAAUAUAACAGUGCUGUACUUGCAGACUAACUUCCGAAUACAGUAACUGGUGUAAAUCUGAAGAUGCUUCCGUUUGGUUGAUGUAAUAAGGGUUUAUUACUUUGCAGUUACUUUACCAUUUCAAAGGUAGUCUGUAUUCAGGUGAGAGUAAACAUUAAGGGAACUGCUGUUCUCGGUUCAUAAAAGAAGUGAUGUGAAGAGAUAUUUGUAAUAUAACUGAGUGAACUGUCACGUUGCUGCCCUGAGAUUAAACACAGAAAAAUGCUUGCAACUACCAGGAACCUCAUAUUGUGGCUGCCAGGUCGCAUUGUGAUUUAUGGGCAUAAACAGAAAGUAUUGGAGAAACGCAACAGGUUUGGUAGCAUCUGUGAAGAGAGAAGCAGUUAAUGUUUCACAUCUAAUGUGACUCCUCUUUGGAAUUGAAGGGGGCUAGAAAAGUGAUGGGUCUUAUACAGCAGAAAAAAGGAAGAGUAAUUGGAAGAGAUGAUAAAGGUUUCCCAAGGUCCAGCAUCUGCAGAGCUUUGUUUUUAUCCUAUUGAGGUUUACAUUCUUUGAUUCAGCAUGGAGUUAUCAAAAUCCAAGUCUCCUGUGCCUGAUCUUUUAAAUUAUAUAGUUUUUAAUGUAU